UUUUCCUCAUGUUUCCUGGAAGCUGGUUUCCUAGAACUUGGAAUCAUGGUCUGUCAUUAAUCUUUCUUUUCAUUCUAUGUGUACUUUCUCUAGUAUCUUAGUUCCAUAGCUUUAGCUACUACCUAAUUGCUGAUGACUUUCAAAUCUCUCUAUGUAAAUGAGCUCCUGACUUUCAUUUUUAGUUUAACAUAUCUAACCAUAAUUUGUCCCUAAAUACCUGCCAUUCCAAUUUCCUACACUGCUUAGUGAUAUUAUUAAUUGCUCAAGUUAGAAAGCUCCAAACUGUUCAAAUUUAAAAGCUCAGGAAGAAUUUACUAUCUCUUAUUUUUCCCAGAUUUAAACCAUUAGUGACUACAACAUAAUUACUGAAUAAUCAAGAAAUUAUACAUAAUAUAAACUAGAGGCCAGAAGCUGGCAGAACAUUUGUCUCAAUGUUUUUUAAAUUCAGGAAGUAUCACAGGAAAAAUCUAAAUGGCUCUUUUUUCCUGAAAAAUGGGCAGAACUGGAAACACUGGUCUUAUAAUCCUUCAUGGCCACAAGUAUAGCUGAGAAGAUGCAGGCAGAUUCCUUUAAAUUAAUCAUAAGGAUGCCAACUUGUCAUAACCUUCAUUUCUCUCCAUUAUCUUACUACUGAUUUACUUCACUGAUUUAUAUUAUCUGCUCCAUUCUUCUUGUGAGCAUUUGCCUUUCUAGGCCCUUGUGUUUGCAACCUCUGGUAUACCUAUAUAUGGCAUAAGAAUUCAAAGAAAUGAUUCUGUGAAAGAGGUAGAAAAUAAGCUUAGAGUUUAAAUAAAGGAUAUGGAUCAACAGUGUGACCUAACAGAAAGAGAAAAACAGCACGAGCUACAGCAACAAGGAAGGGAAAGCAUAGGUAUGUAAAGAAAGCCCAAAAGUUUUAUCUAGAAGCAGCUUACAGCAACUAGGUAAAGGUAAUCAAUGACAGACAGUAUGGUAUAAUGCUUUGGCAUUAGAUUCAAAUCCCAGCUCCACUACUUGUACUUAAGUACUAAGCUAAGUUAUUUAAGCCUAAAUUUGUGUUUCUUCAGCUACUGAGUUACUUAACAUUUCUUCAAUCAAUACAACAGUAUAGUUGUACUCAACACUUAUUAAUCUUCCAGCACCUUAUUUUCAUAGCAGAAGAACCUGGACAGAGGUAGGUAAAGUCAUUUGUCUAAGUUCACACAGUUAGUGGAGAGUCAGAGCUUCCUUGUUUUUUCACUCAGUUCAGGGUUAUGUUUGUUUUUAAACCACACCACAUCAAUUAAUAAGAAUGACCUUAUACAGAGAAGAGGGUCAUUUUGUAGAAUAGGAGGAUGUGACAUUAUGUAACACCAGAAUUUAAUAUUUAAAAGUAUUAACUAUCUGAAAGAAUUUGACUUAUGUUUGGUAAUUACAUAUAAAAGCAGUUUUCUCUUAAGACACAUUUCACGGUAAAACAUAACAUAUUACAACAAGUCAAGUAUCUUUUAAGUUUAAAACUUUCAUUAGCAACUUAAUAAGUAAAAUGUUUACAAAUUCUUCUAGACUAUACAGAGUAUUACAUUAUUUAGGUGGCUGCCUCCUGACAAAGUCUAGCUCUUGCUCUUUGUUAACAAAAACCAAACUCACCAGCCUGCAACUACUUCUAAGUGAAGUUGAAUACUAUUUUUUUUCGUAUUCAACUUAAAAGAUCUCUGGCCAGCAGACUAAAAUGUUUGUUUUAUAAUUGCCCGCUGAACUAUGAUAGUUUGUUUCCAGAUGGUGCCCUUCCUUCAACCUGCACACAAUCUCUCCUUGUUCAAAACUAUUCAACCUCCUGCUGAUCCCACCCCCCUAUUUAAGGCUACAAAGAGGAAAUCCUAAGGAGGAGAUUCCCGCCCCCAGUCUCCAGCAAUUUCUGGUGAUGUAAUAUGUGGGCUGAACUUGAGUCUACUGAGAAAGAGGGAAUCACUAUUCAGGGGUACUGUAUAUACAAUCUAGGUCAGCUGCAGCUGGUUACUGCAUUUCUCCAUGUGGCAGACAGAGCAAAGCUACAGCGCUUUCUCUGCUGGAUUAAAGACGGCCCACAGACCAGAUCUUCUACUAUACUACUUAAAAUUACAUAGGUGGCUUGUCAAAUUCAAUUGAUUAGUAUUGUAAAAGGAAAAAGAAGUUCCUUCUUACAGCGUGGAUUCAACGGUCCAAAACAAAAAUGCAGCUUCCAUUAAAGUAACAGAUGAACAAACUUCUACACUGAUUUUUAAAAUCAAGAAUAAGGCAGCAAGUUUCUGGAUUCACUGUAUCAACAGAUACAAAAAAGACAUCAUUUACAACCUCAUUCAAAAUGAAGGCUUUUACCUGGACCCUAGGUGUGCUAUUCUUCUUGCUAGUGGAAGCUGGACACUGCAGAGGAGGACAAUUCAAAAUUAAAAAAAUAACCCAGAGAAGAUACCCUCGUGCCACAGACGGUAAAGAGGAAGUAAAGAAAUGUGCAUACACAUUCCUGGUACCUGAACAAAGAAUAACAGGGCCAAUCUGUGUCAACACCAAAGGGCAAGAUGCAAGUACCAUUAAAGACAUGAUCACCAGGAUGGACCUCGAAAACCUGAAGGAUGUGCUCUCCAGGCAGAAGCGGGAGAUAGAUGUUCUGCAACUGGUGGUGGAUGUAGAUGGAAACAUUGUGAAUGAGGUAAAGCUGCUGAGAAAGGAAAGCCGUAACAUGAACUCUCGUGUUACUCAACUCUACAUGCAACUAUUACAUGAGAUUAUCCGUAAAAGGGAUAAUUCACUUGAACUUUCCCAACUGGAAAACAAAAUCCUCAAUGUCACCACAGAAAUGUUGAAGAUGGCAACAAGAUACAGGGAACUAGAGGUGAAAUAUGCUUCCUUGACUGAUCUCGUCAAUAACCAAUCAGUGAUGAUCACUUUGUUGGAAGAACAGUGCUUGAGGAUAUUUUCCCGACAAGACACCCAUGUGUCUCCCCCUCUUGUCCAGGUGGUGCCACAACAUAUUCCUAACAGCCAUCAGUAUACUCCUGGUCUGCUGGGAGGUAACGAGAUUCAGAGGGAUCCAGGUUAUCCCAGAGAUUUAAUGCCACUACCUGAUCUGGCAACUUCUCCCACCAAAAGCCCUUUCAAGAUACCACCGGUAACUUUCAUCAAUGAAGGACCAUUCAAAGACUGUCAGCAAGCAAAAGAAGCUGGGCAUUCGGUCAGUGGGAUUUAUAUGAUUAAACCUGAAAACAGCAAUGGACCAAUGCAGCUAUGGUGUGAAAACAGUUUGGAUCCUGGAGGUUGGACUGUUAUUCAGAAAAGAACAGACGGCUCUGUCAACUUCUUCAGAAAUUGGGAAAAUUAUAAGAAAGGGUUUGGAAACAUUGGUGGAGAAUAUUGGCUUGGACUGGAAAAUAUCUAUAUGCUUAGCAAUCAAGAUAAUUACAAGUUAUUGAUUGAAUUAGAAGACUGGAGUGAUAAAAAAGUCUACGCAGAAUACAGCAGCUUUCGUCUAGAACCUGAAAAUGAAUUCUAUAGACUGCGCCUGGGAACUUACCAGGGAAAUGCAGGGGAUUCUAUGAUGUGGCAUAAUGGUAAACAAUUCACCACACUGGACAGAGAUAAAGAUAUGUAUGCAGGAAACUGUGCUCACUUUCAUAAAGGAGGCUGGUGGUACAAUGCCUGUGCACAUUCUAACCUAAAUGGAGUAUGGUACAGAGGUGGCCAUUACAGAAGCAAGCACCAAGAUGGAAUUUUCUGGGCUGAAUACAGAGGCGGGUCAUACUCGUUGAGAGCAGUUCAGAUGAUGAUCAAGCCUAUUGACUGAAGAGAGGCAGUCACCAAUUUAAAUGACAAACUUUGUACUUACCAUUUCUUAAAAAUGUAAAUGUUACCUGUAUAUUACUUUGCACAAUUUAUUUCUACAUAUAAAGUUUUUCAAAUGAAUUUUACUGUAACUAUAAAAGGGGGACCUAUAAAUGUAGUUUCAUCUGCCACCAACUACUGCAGAGAAUUAUGUGUAUCCAUAUACUAGUUAUUUUAAAAAUUAUGUUGACUAGUUUGUUUUCUAAACUGUAAAUAUUUGCCACAAUGUAAAACAAAUCUUAGCUAUAUUUUAAAUCAUAACUAAAUAACAUGUUCAAGAUACUUAACAAUUUAUUUAAAAUCUAAGAUUGCUCUAACUUCUAGUAAAAAUUUUUUAAAAUUUCAGCCAAGUGAUGCAUUUUAUUUAUAAAAAUAUAGACAGAAAAUUAGAGAGAAACCUCUAGUUUUGCCAAGAGAAAAUACUUCUUCCUUUGAAUAAAAGCUAUUUCAAAUUGAA